AUGCAAAAACAUUUGCGACUAAAUGUUAGAGUGAUUGUCGAUGGUUUUUCGCUUUCGGUUCCGUCUCCAUCGACCACGGACUUGAAUUCAUCAUUGAGCAUUUCUCUUCUUGAGAAAGUUAAUCCAUUCUACAGGAAGCUACAUUUAGACAAUAGUAAUAGAUCAUCAUCACUUCAAUUAUCAAAUCCUAGGAAUUUGAGAUGUAUUGUUUCGGAACAAGCAUCAUUGAAUGACAUCAAACAAACAAUAUGUAAACAAUAUCAAAUGGUUUUUUAUGAACGUUCCGAUGAUAGUACACCCUUUGAAGACACAACAUUCUUUACUAUUUCUCGUAUUUAUAAUGAAAGAGGAAUUGAAAUGGGGUUAUGGAAUUCACAUCUAAAAUGUUCUGACAUCUUUAAUGAUGAACAAGUUAUUUAUGUCAAGCUGGAUUGUGUGAGAAGGAAUGGAUUGAAAUUAAAAGAUCAAUACAUGGAGGUAUCCUUGUGGUUAUCUCCUGAAAAAGAGAAUGUAAUGAAUCAUAGAAAUGAGAAAGAUGCAUCUCCUUCGAACAUGAUGGAUUAUGAAACUCCCAAGAAGAGAAAGACUGUUGAAUCCACGCCUGGCAGUAAGAAACAAAAAUUAACAAGUCCAAUUUCUACCUCUGUAACAAAGACUGCAGCAACUAGUCAGACCUCAACAACACUUGAGACAUCACAGCUUUCGAGUGACAGUGAACAUGAUGACUCUGUGGCAAGUAAUUCUGAAGAUGAAAGAGAUAUCAUUUCUCCAGAAGUAACACCAAAAAAAAAGAUUGUUACAAGACAAACCACUUUGAAAACCACCUCCACAUCAGCACCAACUACAAGAAAGCAAGCAGUCAAAACAGAGGCUAUUAAAACGAGAUCCAAGAUAAAGCAAGAAGAACAGAAAAAGCCAAUUAAAAAACAAACCGAGUCCAUCUACAUUUCUGAUGAAGCGACUGAGGAAGAAGAAGAACCAGUCACUGACAAGGAAGAAGAACAAGAACAACAAGAGGAGAAUACAACCAAGGAAGAUGAAAGCGAAGAGGAAAGCGAGGAGGAAGAAAAUGAAGACAUGACCGCUGAGCAGUAUGCAAAAUAUUAUGCAAACCUUAAACCCUGGUUAAAGCAAAAUAUGGUAAAUGGAAAAUUCAAGAAUGAUUCACAAUAUCAAAAGUUUAGAGAUUCUUUCAAAUUAUUGAGCCCCAACCAUCAAGCAGAAAUUUUGGAGUACAUUAAAGAGCUUAAAGGAGUUCAUUGA